AUGCCCGACCAGCAGCGUGUUACGUUACAGCAAGCGAUCAACGUUUUUCGUCGGCUGAAAACUCGUACAACUGAAGCAGUUUUCUCGGAUAGCAGAAUGGCAUGGCGAAGCAGUGGGCGCACUAACGAGGAACUUGUACAAAAUCUAGAAAGAGGACGACUAUUUACAUCAACACGUGUUCGUGAUGCAAUGCUUGCUGUUGAUCGAGGAGAUUUCUCACCACGACAACCAUAUAUGGAUCAACCACAAGGUAUCGGAUGGAAUGCUACCAUUUCUGCGCCCCAUAUGGUACGUUAA